CUGACAGGGGAGAGAUCUGUGUUGUUUAUACACAGGUCUCUCCUCUGUCAGCACAGCCAUACAAAGCAGUGUGCUUACAGUGAAGCACAAACACACGGCCCCAUAGUAAAACACACCCAGCACACAGUUAACCUUUUGAUCUCCCCUCAUGUUAACUCUUUGAUCGCCCCUCAUGUUAACCCCUUCCUGCUCAGUGCCAUUAGUACAAUGUAAAUGGGGUUUUUUUUUAGUACUGAUCACUGUAUUGGUGUCACUGGGGAUGUCGAUAACACCAAGUCAGUUCUCCCCAGUGUCAGAAUAACCGCCGCAGUCCCUCUAUAAGUCGCUGA